AAGAAGCGGCAAACUGAAGAAUUUACAGUCAACAGCUGUCGAAGAGGCCCAGUAACCAGAAGACUAUUGGCUGUUAGCCAUGGUUCUCUGAGAGUGUUGCAACACAGGGAAGGGUUGACAGAUGGCAUUUUAUUCUGAGGAACAAACUGAGGAUUACCUUUUCAAGAUUGUUUUAAUUGGUGAUUCGGCUGUGGGAAAAUCAAACUUGCUUGCAAGAUUUGCCAGAAAUGAGUUCUACUCAAACUCAAAAUCAACCAUUGGGGUUGAGUUCCAAACCCAGAAGAUGGACAUUGAUGGGAAAGAAGUUAAGGCACAGAUCUGGGACACAGCAGGUCAGGAGCGAUUCAGGGCCGUGACUUCUGCAUAUUACAGAGGAGCUGUUGGAGCUCUUUUGGUGUACGACAUCAGUAGACGGCAGACAUUUGAUAGCGUCGGUCGUUGGCUUAACGAAUUGCACACUCACUCCGACAUGAAUGUGAUCACUGUACUCGUUGGCAACAAGUCUGAUCUCAAGGAUGCCAGGGAGGUACCCACAGCAGAAGGCAAGGCGUUGGCAGAGGCUCAGGGUUUGUUCUUCAUGGAAACUUCAGCCCUUGAUUCUUCCAAUGUCACUCUUGCUUUCCAGACAGUCGUCAAAGAGAUCUAUAACAUUUUGAGCCGCAAAGUUAUUCUUAGUCAAGAACACAAGAAACAGGAGCCAACAUGGACAGCAAAUGGGAAGACUGUGGUUUUGCAGGGAGAUUCAGUCCAAGAUUCAGAUGGCAAGCCCAGUGGUGGGAAAUGCUGUUCUUCCAACUAAAGUGUACAAACAUGUAAGCUGUGAUCUUGUUUCCUUUACUUUCUUCUCUUCUUAUUUUUGCGCCCACUCCAGAGUUCAUAUUCACUCUCAAUUUUGUUGAAAAAGAUAGGUUUAUAAAAUUAAGGAAAGGAAAGGGAAGGAAAAGAAAUAUUCAAAUCUUCAACAUAUACUCUCAAUUUUGUUGGAAAAGAUAGGUUUAUAAAGGAAAAGAAAUAUUCAAAUCUUUAA